GAAUGAUUUACAGCAAUGAGGAAUUUGUACAUGAAAAAUGGAUAAGGCUUUGCAUUAGUUUAUUGCAUCACAGCACAGUCCACAUUUAAAGAUUUACAAGACCCGAGAGAACAGAUUCUUCCAGUUAAAGACACUGAUGAUGUUCCAGUUAUUCUUGUUGGUAAUAAUUGUGACUUGGAAGAUGAAAGAGUUGUAGGGAAGAAACAAGGUGAAAAUCUAGCCAGACAAUGGAACAACUGUGCAUUCUUAGAAUCUUCUGCAAAAUCAAAAAUAAAUUUUAAUGAGAUCUUUUAUGACCUAGUGCAGCAAAUUAACAGAAAAACUCCAGUGCCUGGGAAGGCUUGCAAAAAGGUGUCAUGUCAGCUGCUUUAA